AUGAGCGAGUGGGAAAGGGUGUUUCUGCGGAACGUCGUCCUUCCUCCGCACUGCCAGCGGAGACGGACUCGCCGGCCGGGCUCCACGGCUUUCCGCUGCGUCCUGAAGUACCUGGAAGGGGCUGCCCUCACCCAGGGAGCCGAGUACCAGCUGCGCCUCUCCCUUUUUGAUGCCACGUACCACCACUUCUUCGGGAGGACGUGGAGGAGCAGCCGGCGAGCUGCCCGUGCCGCCCCGCCGCGCCCGGCCAGGGCGGCUUUCAACGAGACCGUUUACUUCCACACCUCCUUGAACCACCCCGGCAUCGCCGCCGUCGUGGAAGUGGUGGCGACGGCCGGGAAAGGGGACGGGGGCUCUCGGCAUCUCUCCUGUGGCUUUGGACUCAUCCCCCUCUUUGGCAGCGGGUCGGAGGCGACGGAUCCGGCCGCUGAGGACAGAGCACUGAAGCUGUACCAUGGGACGCCGCGUGCCUUACUGCACCCGCGCUUCCAGGACCCCAUGGAAAAGAACAAAUACCUGAUGGUGAUGGAGAAGAGCCACCUGCAGUAUGCCCUGAAGACCCACCAGCCCCUGGAGACGAUAUUUCACCUCCUUCCCGAAAACCUGCUGGUGUCUGGGCUGCAGACCAUUCCCGGGUUGCUGCCAGCGCAUGGAGAUGCGAGUGACUGCUUGCAGAAACCCCGGCUGAUGAAGCCGGUCACCUGCUAUCUGGAGAGGCUGUCCGUCCGGCUGUACCCUUCCUUGGAGGAAUUUGAGGAAGAACUGCUGGACUUACUGAACAGCGAUCGUUUACUUCAGGCUAACGCUGCGCCGGACGGCGACGGGGUGGCAGUUCGGGAGCGGCGGCUGCACGUCGGCGUCCACAAUGGCCUGCGCUUCGUCCAGGUGCCGCAGGUCGCCGUGCUGGUGCCGGAGGCGGAGGUGGUGCGGGCUGGCUGCCCGGGGGUGCCCAGCUCCGGAGCCAGGGGUGCAGGUCAAGCCCUGGUCCUCAGGAGCCGCAUCCACCUGAGCGAAAUGGUCCCUCACCCAGCGUUUGGGGUCUGCUUCCAGCUGGAGUAUGUCUUCUGCACCUCGGGGAGAGCCGGCGGGAAGGCCCUGCCCGGCAGCGCCCACGGCGAGACGGCCGACAUACGCUCGGUGCGCUGGGCCAUCUGGAGCCCCGUCCUGGGUGCCGGCGAGGCGGAGGUGGUCCUGCCCCUGCGCGGCGGAGCCUGCCGCGGCCCCUGCCAAACGUUGGUCUACCAGACCCCGACGAGCGGCAGGAGCUCCCGACAGGUAAGGGGGAAGCACGUGGAGUCUGGGACUGUCCAAUUCUAUGUUUCCACUGAUUCGGAAGAACAUCUUGUAACUGCUGCGGAGAUCCUACGUAAAGACAAGGACGAGUCGGAGAAGCCUCCUACGCCAUCGCUGAGUCCGCAGGCCCCGCUGCGAAUGGCGGCCUCCCCGCGGGGACCGGGGCUGUCGGCGUCCCAGCUGUCGGUCCCGGCGCGGAGCAGGGGCCAGUCCCCGGCGCGGCGCGGCCGCGGCUCUUGGCAGGAGGGGGGGAUCACUCACCUGGAGGCUGACCUCGGCUUGCCAGACCCGGAGCCCCGUGCCGGCGACCAGCUGCGGGCGCUGCCCUUCACCCCGCUGCAGGUGCCCAUCGCUGCCGUGGGGCUGCAGGCAGGCAGUUCCCGCACCCUGCUCUCCCGUGCCUCCCUGGCGCGACUGCACGCCGCCGGCUUCCCGGAGAUCCUGGACCACAACCAGGUACCGGUGGAAAUCUCGGAGCCGGUGGACCCGGCGAGUUUCAGCCUGCGGCUGGAGGAAGCCGACCCUCUGCAAGGCAACGAAAUAAUCCUGCAGUUCCUGGCUUUCGGCAGGGAUGCCCAGGAUGGUGUGGAGGGGACGUGGCCGAGGACCAUCUUCCUCACCUUCCAGUUCUACCGUUUCCCGCCCGUCACCACGCCGCGGCUGCAGCUGGUCAGCACGGAUGCAGGGCUGGCGGCUGUGCCGGCGCAGCUCCUUAUCCGGGUGAACAAGGACGGGACCCUUGGCACCGGACCGCCGGGCUUGCAGCUGAAGUACAUGGUGGAUCCCGCUUUCCUGCGACCCGGGGAGCAGCUCUGGUUUGUGCGGUACCUGGCCGAGCACAGCCUCCAGAUUGACGUCUGGGACGGAGACUCCCUGCUCCUGGUUGGGUCUGCUGCUGUUAAACUGGAGCCCCUGCUGCGCCAGGGCCGGGCGGCCGUCAGGACCCACCAUGAGCUGGAGGUGGCCACAACCGAGUACGAGCCAGACGUGACGGUGAUGGGCCGGGAGGCACUGCGGCACGGCGCCCUGCGGCCCCUCGGCGUCCGCGUGGCGGUGAGGGGCCGCCUCCACCUCUGCCUAGCCAAUGUCGGUCACCCAUGCGAGGAGACCCCGGGGCAGCCGCCGUCCCGCUCCCGCGUCGUGCCUGCGCCGGAUGGCGCUGGCAGCAUCCCAGCCGGCAGCUGGAUCUCCCUGAAGGCCGCCGUCGGCGGGCGGGUGUCGCGGGCGCGGAGGCUGGCGGAGGUGGACGGCGAGCUGGCGGCCGCGCUGUGCGUCCGCCGGCCGGAGCAGGGCUGGCAGGAGCAGCGUGCCCGGCACCUGCGGGACCUGCAGAUCAUCGAUGCCUACCGGGAGCGCGUCAAGGGCGAGAGCAUCUCCCGGAUGCUCAGCCAGGCCAUCACCGCCACCCACACCGUGCAUGCCGUGCUGGGGACGGCCGAGUUCUUCGAGUUCGCCCUGAAGAACCCCUACGGCGUCCAGCACACCGUGACCAUCGAGGUCGACCACCCCGAGCUCAGCGUCAUACUGGACCCGAGGGAGUGGCGCCACUUCAAGGAGCUGACCAAGAGCGUUACGCCGGUGGAGGAGGAGAUGUUCCACCUCCGUGACGACCUCAGGCCUCAGGUCUACCUGCGCCCCAAGGAGACCGUCCGCAUCCCCUUCAAAUACCAGACCUUCUCCGCGGACCCCGCCGUCGUUGUGGCGCAGGGGCCGGCAGGGCUGGGCGCCGGCACCGACGCAGCCACCCGCUCCCUGGGGAAGAGCAGGGCCGGGCAGACAAAGCACAUCCAGGUCUCCUUCCAGGUGAGUGGGGGGAAGCCCAUCGCGAUCCUGCGGGUGAAGGUGGAGCCGCAGCCCCACGUGGUGGACCAGACCUUCCGAUUCUACCACCCGGAGCUCACCUUCCUAAAGAAGACCAUUCGGCUGCCUCCCUGGCACACGCUCCCCGGUGCGCCAGUGGGGAUGCCCGGGGGGGAGCCCGAGAUGUUUGUUCGCUGCAGCGACCCUGACAUCAUUUGCGAAACCAAAAACAUGGGGCCCGGGGAGCCGCAGGACAUCUUCUUAAAAGUAGCCGGAGGACCAAGCCCGCAGAUCAAAAAGUUCUUUGUUGCUAUUUAUACGGAUGCCUGGCUGGCAGCACCCGUCCAGAUCUGGCAGUUCUACCUGCACUCGCUGCAGCGCCUGGAUGUCAGCUGCACGGCUGGGCAGCUCUCCCGCCUCUCCCUGCUGCUGCGGGGCACCCCGGCCCCGCGGAGGGUGCAGGCGUUCACCUCCCACCCCCAGGAGCUGGAGGUGGAUCCGGACGGCGCCUUCCUUCUCCCUGCCAACGGCAUCCAGGACCUGUACCUCGGCGUGAGACCCCGGCGGGCCGGCAGCAGGUUCAUCUACCUCAACCUGGUGGACGUGGAGUCCCACCAGCUGGUGUCCUCCUGGCUGCUCUGCCUGUCCUGCAGGCAGCCCCUCAUCUCCAAGGCGUUCGAGAUCUCGCUGCCCGUGGGAGGUGGGAGAGGCUGCAACAAGCGCAUCACCUACACCAACCCCUACCCCUCGCCCAGGCUCUACUUCUUGUACACCAACCGGCCCGACCUCCUGCAGUUCAAGGAGGACUCCUUUGAGGUCGCCGGUGGCGAGGUGUACACCAUCGGCUUGCGCUUUGCCCCGAGCCAGGGCGCGGGCGAGGAGGAGAUCCUGAUUCACAUCAACGACCAUGAGGACAAGAAUGAGGAAACCUUCUGCGUGAAGGUCGUCUACCAGUGA